UUUGCGGAGAACUGUGUUCGGACGAAGCCACUGGCAGCGAACACUGUCUGGUGCCACUGGAGUCGCAUCCGUCUCCUUCCUGAAGAAAGGUCCACGUCGGCGCCUCCACCGAGGAACGCCACACUUCUGCACGCGCUGGGAGCAGGAGCCGUAGAGGCUUGCUUGUCUUGGUGAAGAGUUUUUACACUGUACACCGUGCAUCACUGAGCCCUUACCUCAACACCUGGCUCCUUUGUUUUGGAUUUGGCAAGGACCUCAUAGAAAAGACAGUGGGCAACCUCGGAGCCAACGCUUCAAGUCUAAACCGGGAAUUAGACAACCAAUCGGGGAUCUAUGAGCGGAAAAGUGGAUAAGCCUAAAGAAGAAAAGGAUGCUUCCAAGGUCCAGGAUGACACGGCGCCAGGUACCCAGGAGUACAUUAUGUUGCGGCAGGAUUCCAUCCAGUCAGCGGACAUAAGGAGCAAAGGCUCCCCGAUUCGAGCCAAGUGUCACGAAAUCUUCUGCUGCCCGCUGAAGCAAGUCGUCCUGAAAGAGAGCGCGGAGCCCGAAGAGCCCCAGCUGAAGGGGAUCGUGACGAAGCUGUACAGUCGUCAGGGCUUCCAUUUGCAGCUCCAAGCAGACGGAACCAUCGAUGGUACUAAAGAGGAGGACAGCAGUUUCACCAUGUUCAACCUCAUCCCUGUGGGUCUGCGAGUAGUGGCCAUCCAGGGCGUCCAGACCAAACUCUACCUGGCCAUGAACAGUGAAGGCUACCUUUACACAUCGGAACAUUUCACACCCGAGUGCAAGUUCAAGGAGUCGGUGUUUGAAAACUACUACGUGACUUACUCGUCCAUGAUCUACAGACAGCAGCAGUCGGGCAGGGGCUGGUACCUGGGCCUAAACAAGGAGGGCGAGAUCAUGAAAGGCAACCACGUGAAGAAGAACAAGCCUGCCGCUCACUUCCUGCCCAAGCCUCUGAAAGUGACCAUGUACCGGGAGCCCUCUCUUCACGACCUGACCGAGUUCUCACGCUCCGGUAGCGGCACGCCCACCAAGAGCCGGAGCGCCUCGGCCGUCCUCAACGGGGGCAAAGCCGUGAGUCAGCACGAGUCCACGUAGCCCGGCCCGACCCGGCCCCGCCCGCUUACCCUGCGCCUUCGCCGCAACCUCCGGAUGCUCGUGACUUCAAGCAGACUCCUCUCCAAAAAAAAAAGAAAAAAAAAAAAAAAGUUGAAAAUAAAUAAUAAAAACAAGAAAAAAUGACAAACAAGCUCUUGGUGGUUGAAGACACACAACUGACAGCAUAUAGCAACAUGACUAUUUUCCUCUACCUUAGGGUAACAUUUUGUUUCGCGUCAGUUCGCUGUAGUUUUUAGACUUUUACACGUGGCAGCAGCGUCUUGCGUGCAAGCAAGCCAUAAAAAAUUGUAGCCUUGAAUUUGACUGGGCAUUCGGUACAGUCCCUCUCAGGUUGGUGCCAGCACCACACCGAGUCGGCUCUCCUUUAGCGUUUCAUCACUGAGGAUCACUAGCUCGACGCGUCUAGGGCCUGGUCAAUGGGGCGCAUCUGUUAAGACUUCAGAGCAGUGAGUGAGGGUUAGGCUUCCCGGGUGCGGCAGGACGGACACCCCCUCGUCCUCUGCACUUCUCCCGCAAAGCAGCCCUAAAGGUCCCGGACGCCCGCGCUCUGGUGUGCUCGUCCGGAUUGGAGGGGACGGCGCCGCCUCUCGGAUUUAGCAUCAAGAGGUCCGCGGCGCCACCCGGCUUGUUCGCCGUUUUGAAUUACCCAUGAGCCUUUGUGACCUUCGUGUCCCUUGUGGUCCUGCCCCUUUCCACAAUCAGUGUUUUGUUGAGGUUCCCCCAAUGAAUGCAGAUUAAAGCACACCAAAGAAAGUGUAAGAGAGCCCCUUUAAGAAGUCGAACCAUGCCAGCGUUGGCAUGACAGGGAGUGAUGAAUUAUAAUGCUCACAUUUCUUUUGGUCUUCUUUUACUUUUCUUUUCCAAGAAAGGCGGGCUGUGGGGAAAGGGGAGGACUCGGUGUUCUGCGGAUCGUUUUUUGUUGACGUAUGUGGAGCGAGAGAACGUUUUGUAUUUUCCCUGUCUCUCAUGGGUCUUGUCGUUUCUGUCCCCCUUUCCGUCUGUCCGAGUCCACUCUUCCGUCUGUCCGAGUGCUUCUCUUCUGCCCUGUCUGCCCACAUCCACCGUCUCUCCUUCAGCUGAACUUGGUCACCUUUCCCGUGACUGCUAGGAUAGGCUUCCCUCCACUCAACCCCAGAACCCUCUUCAUGUACGAUUAACUUAUUGUGGUGAUGGUUUUCUAUAUAAACAAGAAAAUAUGUGGAAUUUUAGGUGGCUUAACAUUUUAUAGGACGUCUUAUUUGUAAAAGUGAAAAAAAAAAAAUCUUGAAAAAUUAGAAAAAGACAAAAAAAAAAGGAACCUCUUGUACAGGGCAUGUACAAACUCCAGUUGUGUACAAUGAGGACACUUUUUUGGGACUAUUGUAUGUACUCGUUCCUUCUGGAACCAUAAUUACUUCAUAUUUGCUGCAGGGGGCUGUUGGCUGUUUUCUUUUGAAGUGAACAUAUCUGUUGCAUGGGAGACAGCAGGGCUCGGAGGAUUAGAGCUGCAUGAUGUAGGCUAUGUGUAUUAACCCCAUGUCGGAUCAUAUGUGCCAGACUACCAGGAAUAAAGCAGAAAACAGCAUGUACCAAUGGACACUCUGCUUGGUACCUUCCAGUGGUUUCUUAUUUGUUGUAUACACAAAAUGCACUGAAUAAAAUAUUUAUAUUAAGCUCUACUUUUAAAA